GGUGAACUCGACGAGUACUGGAGCGAACAAAUGGAGACAAUCUUCAUUGCUCAAGACUUGUGAAAAAUCGUCCAAGAAGGUUAUGAGGAAGUUAAGACGGAGGAAGAAUCUGGCAAAAUGUCAGAAGCAAAGUUCAAGCAAUACAAGGUGAAUGUCCGGAGGAACGCCAACACCCUACGAAUAAUUCAACAGGCGGUCAGCAAGGCUAUAUAUCCUCAAAUUUUUGGCAUUAGAAAUGCUAAAAAGGCGUGGGAAGUUUUGCAGAAUGAAUUUCAAGGCAACCAUCGGGCAAUCUCCAUCAAACGCCAAAAUUUAUGGCGUGAUUUUGACAACUUGUCGAUGAAGGAGACUGAAAGUAUCAAAGACUUUCAUUCUCGUACAGCAGAGAUAGUCAACCAGAUCAAAGCAACUGGUGACAUCAUGGAAUAAAGGAAGAUUGUGG